AUGGAUUCCCAGCAACAAUCUAUCUACAACUACUCUCAACAGAUGGAAUCAAUGGAACAACCUCCCAAUUCUUCUCAACAAACAACUAUAACAACUGGUGUUGUCUUCACCCCCAUUUACAAAGAACCACACAUGCAUCUUGCUACUCCCUUUGACAAGCUUGAGGUCUUGCAUGAAUCCUUGGUGGACUUUGAGAACAUGAAGCGGAAUGUAAUAUACCUUACUGAAGAACUUAGAAAGCAAGGGUGGGAAAACUACUUUCAAAGGCUCUAUGGUCCUGUCUAUAACUAUCUGGAUCUGGCUAGCCAAGGAGUGGACAUCUCAGAGUUCUCUGUGGAUUGGCUGCCUGAGCAUCCACCCAACUUCAUGAAGAGACAACGAGAACCCUUUGAUAAGUCAAAGAAGGCCAAGAAAGCAAAUCUGGGAGAACCUUAUAUAUCAAGACCUCUGGUCCCUCUGAUCGAAUCUCCAAGUAAGUCUCUACCUCCUCCUUCUCGCUCUGUAAAUUUAAAGCAAAUUGCUUUUUCUCUUCCCCAGACCACACCUAUCUACACACACUCUGAACCCUCUCCCUCUACCACUAAACCCUCUGAUACUCCCACCUCUAACCCAUCAUCACCUCCCUUUCAAAAAUUUAACCUCUCCACCACAACCUUACCAAUCUCUGAAUUUGAAAUGCUUAACGAACCUAUUUCACCCAUCUCUUCAACACCGUCAUCUCCACCCUACUACAUCCUCUCAUCUGACUCAAAACCCUCUGACCCCCAAUCCCCCACCUUGGCUCAGCUUCAGGCUCGUGCUCUUGCCUCACAACAACAACCUGAACCAAAAGCCAAAACUCCACCACCACCUGAACAACCAAUUCCACCACCAUUUGAACAACCACAAAUACCAACACUUGAAGAACCCAUAACACCACCAUCUGAACAACCACCAACUCCACCACCUUAA